AUGAGCGUGACCGAUUCAACGAACGUCGAGGCUAGCUCGUCUAGAGCAGUGCUUGGCCACGAUUCUCAUUCUCAGCCUCCUCAAGAGCCAGGUCAUCACACCACUUCCCAUGGCGGUCAACACGCACAUCAUCUGCGAUACGGACAAUUGGACCAUAUUGACUUCGAUGCGAUCGCCGACGGAGCCACAAAUGCUGAUUCAGAACUGGAGUUUGAGAGACUGGACGCUCAGGCUGCUCGGAUACAUCGUGAACGCCGGUAUCUUUUUCGUAGGCCGAGGGUGCUCCAAUAUUUCAAGGGACAGACACUUGUGAGAGAGAAUGAGGAGAGGCAAAGUGGAAGGCUUGAGUUAUUCUUCGACCUGACAUUCGUCGGCUUAAUCUCCGUUCUUGCACAUGACUGCGUAGAAAAUCCAGAUGGGGCACACGUGGCCAAAUAUGUGUUGACAUUUGCGCCGAUUUACAUGAUCUGGACGUAUAUCCGCGAGCUGUUCAAUUCGUUCUGGUCAGACGAUGUUCUGCAACGUCUACUUGUCCUUUUCAUCAUGAUAUGUCUGGUCAUCUAUGGGAAUAAUGCGACCGACGUCCAAUUUAACUGGAAUGCUGAGGGCGGAGAAGGCGCAGGGCGAAUCACCGCGAUUGCAACUUAUCUCGUUGCCGGGAUGGUUACCGCACUUCUUUACCUGUUCUACACCUUCUUUGUCAAAUCUCGCCGUGUGCAGAUCCGUGCGCAUUUUGUCUGCUGGUGCACAGUGCCUCUCUCACUCUGGAUUGGGACGAUCUUUGCCCCUGUACGGGUCGCUGCCGCACUUGCAGCCAUCGCCGUCUUCUGCGAGUACGUGAUCUGGACUGGCGCCUACUCCCAGUGGACCAAGAAGAUCUUCAAGCUGAAGUACUCGUCUGCCGUCGCCAUCGAUCACGAGAUCGAACGGUUCAACGAUUUCUUCACCCUAGUUAUGGGCGAAUUCCUCUUCUCGGUCAUAAGCCGCCAGCCAGCAGGAACAGGAAUGCCUAGUGCUGCAUGGAGAUGUGUAUUUGUCGUCAUGAUCGCGUUCUCAUUCCAGCUUUUGUAUGUGCAUGGUUCGGGUUGCAGGACUUUCACACACCCUAUCCGCCAUAGCAACUGGUUCGCCAUCUUUUGGUUCUUCCUCCACUUCCCGAUUGUCGCUGCCCUCACCCUUGUCGGCGACACAACCUACGACUUUGUCGCUGAGGAUGAGGGCGUUUCUGAUGGACUCCGUUGGUUGUUCAGUGGCGGGUAUGCGACAGCCAUGCUCGGCAUCUGGCUAUUGUCGAUGCUCGAAAGGGAAAAGGAUGAACGUGGCGUCCUAUGGCUACCAAAAGUGUAUCGGCUCUCCUUCCGUGUCAUUUCAGCCCUCGUGACCCUCUUCCUUCCCCUGGCACCGCAGGAUCAUCUCACCAGCACGUGUACGCUUGCGAUCGUUGGCUCCCUGUCGCUCUUCACCCUAGGAUGGGAGAUGGUCACCUCCCUGGACGGACCCAAAGGACCUGCUUACCAGCCCCCUGAUCCUGCGUUACAUGAGCAAAGGAUCCCUGUACAAACGUAUGAGUGGAGAGGUUAUCCUUGCCUGGCAGAGCCGGGGCUCUAUGUACCAGAUAUGAGCAAUCAGCGAGGGGGAGAUGAAGAAGUAAGCCCUGUGGAAGAGGAAAAACGCAAUUAGAGACUCGACUAAAAACAUCUACAAGUAUAUAUUUUUUCUUGUAAUGAACAAUGAUCUCAUCCAAGAGAUUAU